GAGACAUAUUUCGAAGAUUUCUCUCCUGCUGGGAUUGGAAUAAAGAAAGAAAUGGUAAGAAAACAAUGUUGUGUGAAAGAGCAAGUCAAGCGGGGAGCUUGGUCGGUUGACGAGGAUUUGCUGCUUCUGAACUACAUUCAAAUCCAUGGAGAGGGAAGAUGGAGAGAACUCCCUCAACGAGCAGGUUUGAACCGAUGUGGUAAGAGUUGCAGGCUCCGAUGGAUGAAUUAUGUGAAACCAGGUAUUAAGAGGGGCAACUUCUCCAUGGAAGAAGAUGACCUCAUCAUCAAAAUGCAUAAACUUAUCGGCAACAGAUGGUCCCUUAUAGCAGGAAGACUACCUGGACGAACUGAUAAUGAAAUCAAGAACUACUGGAAUUCACAUCUAAUCAAGAAGUUGCAAGCUGAACAACAAAAAAGACUCGUGGAAUCUAAAGAGAAGAAGCCCAUGAAAAAUUCUUAUAUUGUUCAGCCCGAAGCCAAAAGACGAUGCAUUCAAGUUUUUCUUCCACAACAAGAAGGAAAGGAAGGAAAUGAGAAGAUUCAGAUAAUUGGUGGGACUACUAGGGAUUUCAACAAGCCAUCCUCUUCCAGCAGCCAAAAUGUAGACGGUCCUUCGGAUCUUCUUAUGGAUUUCAAUGUUGAUGAUCUUCUCAUAUCCGAUAUUUCAAGCUCAAAUUUCUUACAUGUUCAUGGUGACAGAAAUCAACAGAUCAAAGACGUGAGUGAUGGGGAUGAUGUUAGGAAUAACUUGUCUUCACAUUCUAUUUUUGACCAUUCGAGUCAAAAAGUAGAUGAUCCCUCGGAUCUUAUUAUGGAUUUCACUGUUGACGACCUUCCCAUAUCCGAUAUUUCAAGCUCAAAUUUAUUGCAUGUUCAUCGUGGUGACAAAAUUCAACAUAUCACAGAUGCGACUUAUGGAGAUGGUGUUAGGAAUAACUUCUCUUCUGGUAGUUCUACUUUUGGUUAUUCCCUCUCAUCUCAUGACAUCUUGCAUGAAGGUUUAACAAAUGAAACAAUGGUUCAAGAUCUAUAUCACCCACUCCAAUCUGAUGAAGUUUUGAACUCAAUAGGUUGGCCUCUGUUUUAGAAUUAUUAGAAGAUGAAUAAAUGGGAAACUAUCCAGAACGAGUUGCCAAUGAUUUCUUCCUACGUAGGGCGAACCAAAAGAAAUCAGGAUGGAUGGCAAAACUAAGCUGAAAAGUGAAGAAAUAGCCUAACACUUUUCCAAUGCCAUAACUCUUGAAGAGGACUCAUUUUGGAUGUAUUAGACAAUUUAUUAUUUGUUUUGA